ACUUGCAACCUAGCCCGUUAAGAUGCCCCUCCGGUUCGACUCCGAGACUUCUUCCGGUCGAGAAUAAUAAUCUCGAGGUCUAGUCACUCAAAUCUCGGCCCCGCAGGACCACUCACCUUGUGUCGAACCUUGCAGUGAUUUGGAUCGACUAGUCUAGAAGCAGCCCUUUUCCCUCGUCGCCGGCGACGGCCGCUGCGCUGCUGGCAUCGGAUCUAUCCCGCUGGCGAAGCGCGUGGCAUCCUCGAACUACGAAAGGAUUGAGGUGUGCAGCGACGAGUCGCUCUUCUCCUCGGUCGACGUCUUCAUUCGUAAAUCUUCUGGCGCUCGUGCGAUCACAAGCUGUACUAUGAUCCCACCGCCGUUUUUUGCGGGCACAUUUCCGCCUCAAUUUCCAGCAUGGAACCCCAUUCAGUCUGCUACUUCCUCCUUCUGGCAGUCGGAGGAUGUGCAUAGGCAUCUGAGGAAGUUGAGAGAAACCAUUGAUUUGGCAAAAGCAAUCAGGAAGAAAGAAUUAGAAGCAUUGUUUUUAAUUAAAAGGUCACAAAAUCAAAAUGCAGAAGAAGCUCCUUCAUCAGCAGGAGAACACUCUCCAUCUUCAUAUGAUUCCAUUCUUCCUGAUUUUUCUCAGUGUCCUGAGAAUGAAUAUGUUGUGCAAAUUUUCAAGUUGAUUGAAGCAAAGCGAGCUAGCCUUGAUGUUCAAACAUCUAUGUCAAUAGAAGCAGUAAACUCGCUAGCAUCAACUAUUAAGUAUCAACUCCUUCCUCUUGAUAUCAUUAACAAUCCAGCAGUCCCAUGGGAGUCACGAUCAGAAGCACUAAGAUUUAGUAACAAGUUACAGAAGUGCAAGAGGAACAAACUUUGGAGGAAAAGAAAAAGAAAACGUGUGGCUGAACAAGUGCGCAAGCUGCAAGAAGAUCAUCAGAAAGCAGAUCGAGAUGCUGAUGAAUGGAGAGCUAGGGAGAUUGCCAAGGACGUGGCUAUGCACAAGGUACAACACAUGAAAGAAAUUGCAAAGCUUAAGGCUAAAGAGGAACGGAAGAGACUAGAAUCUGAGCUUGAGCUUCUAUUAGUUGUUGAGAAAUUACAAGAGCUUCGCUCUAUCAGAGUUCAAAAGUUGAAGAAACAAGGUCAUUUUCUUCCAGAAGAGGAUGAUAAAUUUCUUCUGCGUGUACGAGCUGCAGUUGAGGAGGAGGAGCGUCAAGCAGCUGCUGCUGCUGAUACACAUGCUGCUAAGAAUGCUAUUGCAACAGCAGAGGAAUCUAGAAAACUGAUGCAGAACCGACUGACAGAAACAAAUUCUACUGAUCAAAUUGAAGUUGAGCCAUCUAAGGCCAAAGGCCAAAGUGGAACUUCAGAUAUGGAUGCAAGUCUGAAGUCUGAACAGGAGAGAGAUGAAGUUCAAGGCUGUGGCACUGGCAACAGCUAUGACUCAUUGUCAAAUUUACCAUUUGAAUUCCUCCAUUAUUAUCAUGGAAGUAGCAAUGAUAUGGGAACUCUAAUCGAGGUUAGAAGAAUGUGGGAUGCUUACAUUAGAUCCGGAGGAAGUCAUGUACCUGGACAUUGGGUGCAGCCACCUCCACCUUCAGAUGAGAUUUGGGCUUCGUACCUAAUCCCGCCGAAAUAAUGCACUUGCAAGAAAAUCUGUUUUAUCUUGCCUCGUUUCUGUGCUAGAAUGGUUCUGCCAUUUGUUCACAUUCCUGACUUCACUGAUGUUCUAUCUAGACGUGAUGGUGGCUUGAACUGGAUUCAGGUGUUGAUAGUGGGAAAAAGUAGUGGUGCCAGGUAGUUGAAGCAACGCUGAGAAGGUUUUCAAUUUGUUUGCUCUUCUAUUUCAACUGUGAAGUUAUUUAAUUUCCCUGCUAUAAGAUUGUAGCUGAAAACCCGACGGUGUACAGGGUUGUGGGAUUUCUAGUAUCGCUUUUCCAUUGUUACAUAAACCUUGAUAUUUGAUGCUUGUGCAUUUAAAUUUCAAAAUAUCUUGAAAAAUUGGACAA